AUGAAACCACCAUCAUUUAAAGGAGGAAUUGAACCAAUGAAGGCUGAGGCAUGGGGGUUAGGGAUAGAAAAAUUGUUCGAAAUUUUCCCUUGUACUGAAGUUCAAAAGGUGCAACUUGCUACUUGCACUCUUGAAGAUGAAGCACGGAGGUGGUGGAUGCUUACAAGAACAAUGCAUCAGGGGUUGACAUGGGACAGGUUCUUGGCGCUGUUUUAUGAUAAAUAUUUUCCCCAGAGUAUGCGAGACAAGAAGGUGACCGAAUUCAAAACAUUGAGACAAGGAGACAAAACUGUUGCCGAAUAUGAAGCUCAAUUCGCGGAAUUAGCCCGGUUUGCAUCUCACAUGUUGCCUACCUACGUUGAUGUGUUAGAAAGGGCUGUUAUAGCAGAAGGGAAUAUUGCUACUCAUACUCGGAUUUCUGAAUGGAAAGGAAAGAGGCAGAACAACCAAUGGUUCAAGGGGUCAACUACUCCACCAAACAAGAAACAAAAUUCAGGGACCUCCAACACUACUACUCCUCCUCAAAAUUCAGCUCCUGUGUGUCCAGAAUGUGGAUGGAGGCAUCGUAGGAUUUGUCACCGAUUGUCUGGAGCAUGCUUUCGAUGUGGCAAAACGGGUCAUUUGAUAAAAGACUGUCUGCAAAAGAAUCAACAAACUGGUAAUAAGGCCGCCACAAGCUCAGCAGGGUCUACACCGGCUCCUAAUGCUAAGUCAGCUGCUAAACCUGCUAACAAUAAGGACACUAUGAUGCAAGGCAGGGUAUUUGCGUUGGUUCCGGAAGAUGUACAGAAUGCAACAAUAGUGGUGUCAGGUACAUUUAUGGUUCAUGGUCAUUCUGCCUACGUCUUAUUUGAUUCUGGCUCUACCUGUUCCUUUGUGUCAAAAUUAUUUGCCAAACAUUUCAAUAAACCUGAAGAAGACUAG